GAGUAAGGUGGCCACUUUGACAGUGUUCUCAUGCUGCCUCUGCCACCUUCUCGGGCUGAAGAUAGCAUUUCAACUCUAACACAGCAUGAUCGAAACAUAUAGCCAAACUGCUCCCCGAUCCGUGGCCACCGGACCACCCGUCAGUAUGAAAAUUUUUAUGUAUUUACUUACUGUUUUUCUCAUCACCCAGAUGAUUGGGUCAGCACUCUUUGCUGUGUAUCUUCACAGAAGAUUGGACAAGAUAGAAGAUGAAAGGAAUCUUUACGAAGAUUUUGUGUUCAUGAAAACGUUACAGAAAUGCAACAAAGGAGAGGGGUCCUUGUCCUUACUGAACUGUGAGGAAAUUAAAAGCCGGUUUGAAGCCUUUCUCAAGGAGAUAAUGCUAAACAAAGAAGUGAAGAAAGAAGAAAGUGUUGCGAUGCAAAAAGGUGAUCAGGAUCCUCAAAUUGCAGCCCAUGUCAUAAGUGAGGCCAGUAGUAACACAGUGUCCGUUCUCCAGUGGGCCCCGAAAGGAUACUACACCAUAAGCAGCAACCUGGUAACCCUCGAAAAUGGGAAAGAGCUGGCCGUGAAAAGACAAGGACUCUAUUACAUCUAUGCCCAAGUCACCUUCUGUUCCAAUCGGGAAACUUCGAGUCAAGCUCCAUUUAUAGCUAGCCUCUGCCUGAAUUCCCCGAGCGGAUCCAAGAGAGUCUUACUCAGGGCUGCAAACACCCGCAGCUCCUCCAAACCUUGCGGGCAACAAUCCAUCCACUUGGGAGGAGUAUUUGAAUUGCAUCCAGGUGCUUCGGUGUUCGUCAACGUGACUGAUCCAAGCCAAGUGAGCCACGGGACGGGCUUCACGUCUUUUGGCUUACUCAAACUCUGAACAGUGGCACCUCGCAGGCUGCGGCUGAGCUCAUGCUGGUGGUCUUCGUAAUACAGCAAAGCAGUUAAGACCACCCCCUGUUGAACUGCCUAUUUAUAACCCUAGGAUCCUCCUCGUGGAGAACUAUUUAUUGUACACCCCCAGGCAUGUAG